AUGUCAAUGUCACAUAAGAAUCCAGCUCUUAGAUUUCGCAACUGUGUUGAUUCUUUGGUGGAGAUGGCAGCUAAGAAGUGUAAAUACUUCAGGUGGAUCGAUGAUGAGCUGACACCACACUACAAGAAUGGCUUUAACAAUCUUAAGUAUGAGUUGCAACUAAUGAAAGACACCAGUUACACUGCAAGACUAGAGAGAAGGGUAGCUUUGCUGGAGAACCUGAAUGUUGAAGCCACUGCUGCUAAAGAAAUUGUUGAUGGUGAGUUAGCCAUGGCUGUUGAAGAAAAUAAACAAUUGAGGGGCUAG